UUUUGAAGUUUAAAAGAGCAUUUAAUAAUCUGUCAAAAAAGUUAGGUUAGCCGAAAAAUCAUUAGAAAUCGUAAUAAACAAGAACUCCCACAUGUCUGUUUUUAAUAUUUUUCUUGUAACAACUAUUCUUGGAGUAGAAUAUGCACAUUCUUCGUAUUAUUGCGAUUUUGGUCUUUGUGAGGCGGACCAAUAUUGUUGUGGAGACAACAAAUGUUGUACCAAUGUAACAGACUUGUGGUACUUUUGGAUUGGUAUUGUUAUAGCAGUUAUAAUUAUAAUUGUUAUAGUCCUAUUCAAGUUCUUUAGAAGGAAAACGAAAUAUAAAUACGAUAGUCUACCCCUUGUUCGUUAAUGUAAUAAUACUAAUUUAUUAUUUAUUAAAUAAUUUUAUUUUUA